AUGGAUUUAUUUGAUCUUGGUUGCACUUUCUCCAUGGUCCACAAAGGCACCACCAUCUUUGUUCUAAAAAGAAUCUCCACUUACGUUGGGAGGUUCAUCGCUGAAUCAAGCUUGGACAGUGGCAAGACCACCUAUAUCUUGGUUAGGUCUGCCUCAGCCUCUUCCCCUUCAAAGGCUGCAGCAUCGCAGGAACUCACCGACAGAGUUUCUUCGUCUCAAACUUGUAAGGAGCCGAAAGAAAAUAAAUUGAGGGAUUACCACACCGAUGUCGUCAUUUCAGCCACUGGAGGUGAAAGCAUCCUUGGGCAACUUACACAGAUAAAAGCCAUUAAAGCUGUUGGAACUGUCAAGAGGUAUUUGCCUUCAGAGUUUGGACAUGACAUCAACAAGGCUAACCCAGUCAAGCCUGGUCUCAGUUUCUAUGACCUGAAGAGAAAAGUUUGCCGUGCAACUGAGAAUGCGCGCGCGGGAGUUCCAUACUACAUUUGCUGCAACUCUAUUGCUGGUUGGCCUUACUUCGAUAAAACUCACCCUUCACCGUUGGGUCAGUUUAACAUUUAUGGAGAUGGCGAUGCAGAAGCAUACUUUGUGGGUGGAGUAGAUAUUGGGAAAUUCACCAUGAAAGCCUGCUUUGAUUCAGUAACUCUCAAUACUGUUCAUUUUCGCCUGGUUUGCAAUAAGUUCAGGUUGAACAAAAUGGCAUCUUUAUGGGAGAGUAAAAUUGGGAGGAUCCUCCCAAGAGUCAUCUUAAUAGAAAAGAAUUUGCUGACCAUGGCAACGGAAUACAGCUUUCCAGGGAGUGCGGUUGCAGCCCUGAGUGGUAAUAUCUUCAAACAAAGUUGCCAAACCAAUUUCCACAUCCAAGAGCAUAAAGAUGUCGAAAUUAGCUCCCCGUACCCUGAAACUUCUUAUCACUGCUUUGAUGAAUUUGUAAGGGACCUGCCACUUAAAGAACGUGCUGAUAUACUGCGCGAGAUAGCAUGGUGCACUUAA